AUGAAUUAUAGUUGGAUUCAUGAAUAUUAUCUUGGGACAUGUAUUCAAGAAGAAAAAGUAUUUUCAAUUUAUUCAGCAUCUACAUCAAAUAAUAGUUUUUCAUUUCCGUCAAUACCAACAACAACAACUCAUUUUUCAAAUUCAGUAUUAAAUCAAACCACAACAACUACAACAACAACAACUACUACAACAACGACAACGAAUACUCCACCACCACCACCACAAUCUCAGUUACAGGCACAAUUACAAUCUCAAUCUCAACAAAACAAUCAGCAUCAUAGACCAUUAUCACCAAAUGGUGGAUUUUUUAGUAUUACAAAUAGUAGUAGUAUUAGCGACCAAGAUCUUAGAUCAAGAUUAAAAUUAUACGAUGACCAACCACAACAACAACAACAACAGCAGGCUAGUAAUAAAUCAAAAUUAUCACAAAAACAAACAUCACAAUUAAAUAUAAGUGGAAAUAAUAGUGGAAAUUCUACGCCACCAUUACCAACUAUAUCAAAUAGUAAUAAUAGUAUUAAUUUUAUCCAUUCUCCACCACCAACACCACCUUUAUUAAAAACACCAAUUUUAUCAAGCCAUAACCAUAAUAAUAAUAAUAAUAAUAAUAAUAAUAAUAAUAAUAAUAAUAAUAAUAAUAAUAAUAAUAAUAAUAAUAAUAAUAAUAAUAAUAAUAAUAAUAAUAAUAAUAAUAAUAAUAAUAAUAAUCAUAAUAUAAAUACGAUUGAUAUUGAUUUAGUUUCACCACCACCACCAUUACUAUUACCAUCAGGAUCAUUAUCACCAUUAUCAUUUAAACAUGGAUAUAAUAGUGGAUUAGGUGGUAAUUUUUGUAGUAAUAGUAUUGCAAAUGGUAUACAUUUGGGAAAGAAACCAAGUGAAUUUCAAUCACACAAUAAUAAUGUACUAUUAAAGAUUUUAAAUUAUAAAUAUCCACCAAUUGAAAUCUCAACAAUAUUUCAAAGGGAAUAUUUCAUACUCUCCUAUUUAAAUGAUUUAGAUGGUACUUUAAAAUUAAUUAAAACUCAAUCAGAAUAUGGCAAUAUAGUUGCACUAAUUUUCGAAGAGAAUGGUUAUAAAUCUUUAACUUCAUAUUAUAACGUUUUAUCAUUACUUAAUGGUGUUGGUGGUUGUGCUUCUUUUACAAAUUAUAAUUUAAAUUAUAAUAUUAAUAAUAGUUUAAAUAAUUUAAAUAAUAAUAAUAAUAAUAAUAAUAAUAGUUAUAAUAAUAAUUAUAAUAAUAAUAAUAAUAAUAAUGGUCAAGUUACAUCACCAAUAUUGAAUAAUACUGAGUUAUCACAAUCAUCAGCAUCAGCAUUUAAGCCAUUUCAAUUGAAUUCAUCAACAAAUUCAACAGGAUCACCAUUGAUUAUAACAUCACAACCUAUGCCAUUUCAAUUAAAUAGUAAUUCAAAUACAACAGCUUCUUCAUCUUCACCAAUUACUCAUUCAAAUUUAAAUACUGCAAUAACAUCAACAACUACAUCAAAUUCAAAUUCAAAUAAUAAUAGUAAUAAUAAUAAUAGUGGUGGUGGUGGUGGUGGUGGUGGUGGUGGUGGUGGUGGUGGUGGAACAAAGAUUAAUAAUAAAAGAAGAGCAUCAUUAACACCAACUAGUACACCAUUAUCAGCAAGUCCAUUAUUAUUUAAUACUAAAAAGUAUGCAGAUAUUGAUAUAAAUACAUUCUUAAGUAUAGCGAUACAAUUAACAACGAUAUUGGAGAGUAUUCAUGGUAAAGGUUGUAUUCAUAGAGAUAUUAGACCAAAUAAUAUAUAUAUAAAUUCAGAAUGUAAAGUUAAAUUGGCAAAUUUUCAAUUUUCAAUAUUUAAAAAAACUUCUUCUUUUUUAAAGAAAUCAAAAUUUCAACAACAACACCAACAAAGUGAAAACAAUAACAAUAAUACACUUGAUUCCGAUAUAACAAUGAUUGAUAAUAUUGAUUUAACAAAUAGUUAUAAUAAUAAUAAUAAUAGUUCAACAAAUAAUAUAUUUUUUAAUUUUAAUAAUGAUUAUGAUGAAGAAUCUAUAAAUGAAUUGUUUAAGAGUUAUCCAGAUUUAUCAAGAUUUAGUACAUCAACCUAUUAUUAUAUAUCACCAGAGGAUACUGGUAGAACUAUUCAUCCAGUAGAUGAGAAAUCUGAUCUUUAUUCAUUGGGUGUAACAUUUUUCGAGUUGUUAACUGGUAGAUUACCAUUUCAAUCAUCUGAUCUAUCAGAAUUAAUUCAUUCACAUUUAGCAAAGAAACCACCAUUAGUCAUAGAUUUAAAUCAAAAUGUUCCAUUAAUUCUAUCGAAUAUAGUUAAUAAAUUAUUACAAAAAUCACCUGAUGAUCGUUAUCAAUCUGCAUAUGGUUUAAAAAAAGAUUUAGAAAUGUUUAAAUUACAAUUAUCAAUAAUAAAUAAUAAUAAUAACAACAACAACAAUAAUAAUAAUAAUAAUAAUAACAAUUUAUCAAAUCAACAAAUUACAGAUUUUAAAUUAGGUGCAUAUGAUGUAUUAAAUAGACCAUAUAUUUCAAAUGAAUUAUAUUCAAGAAAAAAAGAAUUAAAUUCAAUUUUAACAACAAUUAAAAGGGUUUCAAAAGGUGGUAAAGAAUUUAUAAUAGUAUCAGGUUUAUCAGGUGUUGGUAAAACUAGUUUAAUUAAUCAAGCAUGUAAAAAAUCAAAUACAAAAGUCCGAUUCAUUUGUGGUAAAUUCGAUCAAUUUAAUAAAAGUCCAUAUAGUGCUAUCAUUGAAGCCUUAUCGCAAUUGGUUAAUUUAAUUUUAUCGCUAAGUCCAUUGGAAUUGGAAUUCUAUAAAGAUAGAUUAUUAAGAACACUCGGUUCAAAUAUUUCAGUUAUAACUGAAGUCAUACCAAAGUUAUGUUUAAUCGUUGGUACUCAUUAUAAAGUUUUACCAUUACCAUCGUCUGAAUCUCAAAAUAGAUUCGAUUUAGCAUUUAAAGAUUUCCUAAGAGUUUUUGCAGAAGAAGGUAACCCUUUAGUUUUAUUUUUAGAUGAUUUUCAAAGAGCUGAUCCAUCUUCAUAUCGUUUAAUUAAAUUAUUAAUGGAAUCUAAUAAUUCAACUUCAAAUAAUUCAACAUUUUUAAAUUGUAAUGGUAAUAAUAAUAAUAAUAAUAAUAAUUUUAGUAUUAAUAAUAAUAAUAAUAAUAAUAAUGGUUGUAACAAUAACAAUAAUAAUAAUAAUAAUAAUAUUAAUAAUAACAAUAAUAAUAAUAAUAAUAAUAAUAUUAAUAAUAGUGGUGGUAGUUUAAAUUAUUUAUUAGUAAUUGGUGCAUUUAGAGAGAAUGAACCAAAUUUCGAAUUGGAUUUUGGGGAUUUAUCAAAUUUUAUAACAAUGAAAAUAGUUUUAAAAAAUUUAGAUUUAAAAUAUGUAAAUCUUAUGGUAUCAACGACAUUACAUGCAUCACCACAAGAAACAUUAUCAUUAUCACAGGUUGUAUUAUCAAAAACUCAUGGUAAUGCUUUCUUUGUAAUUUUAUUCUUACGUACUUUAUUUGACGAAUCAUUGGUUUAUUUCUCAACUACAACAGAUAAAUGGUGUUGGAAUAUUGAAAAAAUUCAAAAAAGGGAAUUCACUGAUAAUGUCGUAGAAUUUAUGGUUGAAAAUUUAAAACAAUUGGAUAAACAAGCUCAACGUGUUUUACAUUUAGCAUCUUGUAUUGGUAAUAGUUUCGAUUUAGAUAUGUUAGCUUUUGUUGCUGAAUUAUCACCCGAACAAUGUUUAAAAAUUAUGGCUGAAAUAAUUUCAAGAGAUUUAAUUGUAAUUACACAACAACCAACAACAACAACAAAUAAUAAUACUACUAAUAAUACUAAUAAUAAUAAUACAAAUAAUAAUAAUAAUAAUACCAAUGGUAAUAAUAGUGAUAUUAAUCAAACAAAUUUAAUUAGAUAUCAUUUUGUUCACGAUAGAAUUCAACAGGCUGCUUUUAAUUUAGUUUUAUUAAAAGAUGAAAAGAAACAAAUUCAUUUAAAUAUUGGUAGAAUAUUAUAUAAAAAGUAUUAUGUUCAAUCUAAUAACAAUAGUUCCAACAACAACAACAACAAUAAUAAUAAUAAUAAUAUUAAUAUAUUUGAAAUUUUAAAUCAAUAUAAUUUUGGAAUUGAAUUAAUUAAGGAUCAAGAUGAAAGAUUAAAUUUAUCGAAAUUAAAUUUUGAAGCAGGUUGUAAAGCAAAUUCAUCAACAGCAUUUAAUUAUGGUAAUCAAUAUUUUCAAAUUGCAUUGAAUUUAUUAUUUGGUGAAAGUGAACAAGGUGAGGAUGAUGAUUUAGUUUGGAAUGAACAUUAUCAAAUGUUAUUUAAUAUUUAUUUAGAGAAAUCACAAUCUGAAUUUAUGGUUGGUAAUUGUCAAGAAUCAGAUAGACUAUUGGAGAAAGCAUUACAACGAGCUAAAAAGGAUGAACAUAUUGGUGAAGUUACUGCAAGAAGAGUUAAACAGUAUACACUUCAAUUAAGAUUUGAUGAUUGUAUUGAAAUGAGUAUAGAAUUCUUAAAGAGGCAAGGUAUUUUCCUUGAUAUUAAUCUAUCAAUGGAUACAUUAACAAAAGAUUAUCAAAAGUUUAAAAAUCGAUUAAAUGGUCAACCAAUUUCAACGAUAAUGAAUAAAUUGGUUGGUGGUGGUGGUGGUGGUAGUGGUAGUAGUAAUAAUAGUAAUAAUGGUAGCGUAGUAUCUCCAUUAGUAGAUUGCUGCCUAAGAGUUAUGGUUAUUAUGAUGCCAUCAUUAUAUUUAAAUAAUUUAAAUGUUUUAACUUUAUUAUUGAUGAAGUUUGUGGAAUAUACAUUGGAGAAUGGUAUUUCAAGUUGGAGUAGUACAGCAUUCGCUAUGUUUGGUAUGGUGGUUUCAAUUGGUCAUUUUUGUGAUUACUCUGUUGGUUAUCAAUUUGGUCAAUAUGCAAUGAGUUUAAAAGAAAAAUAUUCUGAACAACCAGGUACAAAAGGUAUGGUAACUUUAUUAUAUUCUGGUUAUAUUCAUCAUUUAGGUAACCAUCUUUCAACUAGUAUACCAAUUGUAAAACAAGCUUUCUUGGAAUCAAUUGAAUAUGGUGAUUUCGGUUGUGCAUGUUAUGCCUCUGUAAAUUUAAUACUUCAUAGAAUUUUAUUAGGUUUACCAUUGGAUGAAACUUAUCAAUUAUCAAAACAAUAUUCAAAUUAUAUUGAACAAUAUUAUUUUAAACCAAUGUAUCAAAUUGUAGUUUCACUUCAAAAUUUUAUUUUAGAAUUAACUGGUACUGAUUUAUUACCAGAGCAGCAGCAACCACAACAGCAAACACCAAAUAAUUCAAAUAGUUCAUGUGGUAGUAAUUGUAGUAGUGGGGGUAAUAGUAAUAAUAGUAAUUUAAAUUGUAGUUCAGGUAGUAGUUUUGCAAGUGGUAGUAAUUAUAAUAAUAUUAAUAUUAAUAAUAAUAAUAAUAAUAAUAAUAAUAAUAAUAAUAAUAAUAAUAAUAAUAACUAUAAUGCUGAAUGGGAUAUAGAAGAAUUUGAAAAUGAUUUAUUAUCAACACCAGAUGUUCACUGUCCAAUUGCAUAUCAUUUCAUAUCAAAAUGCCAAACUUGUUAUCUAUUUGGUGAUUUUGAAAGUGCAUGGCAAGCUGUACUUAGGGGUGAAAAUUCAAUUAUAGGUAUAUUUGCUCAUACUCAUUUAUUUUCAGUUUUAUAUUUAUUUAAAUCUUUAAUAAUAAUGAAAAAUUUAGGUAAUCAACAUAAUAAUAAUAAUAAUAAUAAUAGCAAUCACAUUUAUAAAACAUAUGGUAUUGAAAAUGAAAAUAAUAAUGAUAGUAAUAAUAAUAAUUAUAAUUUUAAAAUAUAUAGUCUAGAAGAAGAGAUUAAAAUGGCAAAAGAUUGUAUUGAAAAGUUAGAAUCAUAUUCAGAACAAUCAUAUGAAAAUUUUAGUUCACAAUUAAUGUUAGCAAAAGCAGAAUUUGAAAGAAUUAAUGGUAAUUUCGAACAAGCAAUGGAAUAUUUUUCAGAGGCUAUUUCACUAGCACAACAAUUUAAAUAUCAACAAUAUGAAGCUUUAGCUAAUGAAUUAUCAUCAAGAAUGUAUAUUCAAAUUAAAAAAUUUGCUGUUGCAAAAGCAUAUUUAAUUGAAUCUCAUCAAUGUUAUAAAUCUUGGGGUGCUCUAAGAAAAGCAAAUCAAUUAGAAUUAGAAUUUCCAAAUUUAUUAAAUUUUAAUCGUUUAAAUGUACAAACAAAACGUUCAAAAAGAUUUGAAUAUUCAAAUAAUAAUAAUAAUAAUAAUUCAAAUAAUAAUAAUAAUAAUGCAAAUCAAUCACAAGCAUCAAUAUCAUUAUCAUCAUCAACUUCAUUUAAUUCAAAAAUAAUUGGUAAUUCUUCAAAUUCUUCAAAUAAUAAUUUUAAUAAUAAUAAUAAUAAUAAUAAUAAUAAUAAUAAUUUAAUGGCAAUUUCAAGUUCAAGUAGUAUUUGUAGUAGUGGUUCAGGUAGUUAUGGAAGUAGUAAUGGUAUCAGUGGUACCACACAAUUAAAUAGUAAUUAUAAUAGUAAUUUCUUUGAACCAAGUUUAUCAAUUAGAAGAAGAUCACAAGAUGGUACAGUUUCAACUAAAAAUUUAUCAAGAUAUCCUGUAGAUGCCGUUGAUUUAUGUUCAGUUAUAAAAGUUUCACAUUCAUUAGCUGAAGAGAUUUAUUUCGAUAGAUUAUUAAAAAGAUUAAUGAAAGUUGUUAUUAAAAAUGCUGGUGCAAGUCGUGGAUUUCUAUUAUUAAUUGAAGAUAAAAUCACUAAAGAAUUAUUCAUUAAUCCAACUUCAAAAACAAACAUAACAUUAUUAGGUGAUCUAAGUGUUGCUGCUUCUGCAUUAGUUAAUAAUGAAAAAGUAAUCGUUGAAGUAUUUAUAAAUAAUAAUAUAAAUAAUAAUAAUAUUAAUAUUAAUAGUAGUGGUUAUAAUAAUACAAAUAAAAAUGAUAAUAAUAAUAAUAAUAAUUAUAGUCCAGCAUAUAAUAAUAAUAAUAAUAAUAAUAAUAAUAAUAAUAAUAAUAAUAAUAAUAAUAAUAAUAAUAAUAAUAAUAAUAAUAAUAACAAUAAUAAUAAAAAACAAAUUAAUGAAAUUAUAAAAAAUGAUUCAUUUAAUGAAGAGGAUGGAACAUGGAAUAUGUGUUUAUCAAUGAUAAAUUAUGUAAAGAGAACUUUGACACCAUUAUUGAUAACAAAUGCAAUUCAAGAUAAUACAUUUUCAGAGGAUCCGUAUGUAAAGAAAAGAAAUCCAAAGAGUAUAUUAGUUUUACCAAUUGUUUAUCAAGGUAAUUUAGUUUCGAUUCUAUAUUUAGAGAAUAAUUUCUCAACUGGUAUUUUCUCAAAUGAGAAAUUAGAGAUUUUAAAUUUAAUUUCAUCUCAAAUUGCAAUUUCAUUCUCAAAUGCAAGAUUAUUUAUAAAAGUGAAUCAAUUAGCUAACCAAGCAUUUUUAGCAAAAGAAGAAGCAGAGAAAGCAAAUAAAGCAAAAUCAGAUUUCAUUUCAAAUAUGUCUCAUGAAAUGAGAACACCUUUAAAUCAUAUAAUUGGUAGUAUUGAACUAUUGAAAUCCUAUAAUCAUCUAUUCAAUUCCGAUCAAAAGGAAUUAUUGGAUAUUAGUGCAAAAUCUUCAGAAUCUUUAUUAUUUAUGGUUAAUAAUAUAUUGGAUUUAUCAAAAGUUGAACAAGGUAAAACUAAAUUAAACUUGACAAACUUUAAUUUGGUUUCAUUUUUAGAGGAUUCAAUUUGUGCCAUCUCUCCAAAUGCUCAUUUAAAAGGUGUCUAUAUUGCAUUAUUCAUUAAUCCAUGUUUAUCUAAAAUUCCUGUAAUUGGUGAUAUAAAUAUUCUUAGACAAGUUAUUGUAAACCUUUUAACAAAUGCUAUCAAAUUUACUGAAUCUGGUCAAGUUUAUAUAAAAUUAAAUUUAUCAAUUAAUAAUAAUCCAACAACAACAAAUAAUAAGAAACAAUUAAAUACCGAUAAUGAUGGUGAUGAUGAUGAUGAUGACGAUAAUGAAAAUUUAGAUGAAAAUAAUGAAGAUACUUCAAUUGAUUUAGAUGAUAAUGGUAAAGUAAUUUAUCAAAAGAAUCCAAAAUCUAAUCAAUGUUAUAUUGUUAAUAUUGAGGUUGUUGAUAGUGGUAUUGGUAUAAAGAAUGAAGACUUUGGUAAACUAUUUCAAAGAUUUUCACAAAUAGAAUGUGGUUCAAAUAGAGCUUAUGAUGGCACUGGCUUAGGUUUAAGUAUUGUCAAAGAUUUAGUUUGUAAUUUAAUGAAAGGUGAUAUUGGUGUUAAAAGUAAAGUUGGUGUUGGUUCAACAUUUCAUUUUUGUGUUGAAUUAGGUAAAUCUUUUGAUGAAAGUAUGUCAAAUAAAUAUCAUUUACCAUUAGAGUUAUUAAAUAAUAAUAAUAAUAAUAAUAAUAAUAAUAAUAAUAAUAAUAAUAAUAAUAAUAAUAAUAAUAAUAAUAAUAAUAAUAAUAAUAAUAAUAUCAAUUGUAGUAAUGGUGGUAGUGUUAAUAUUAAUUCAAGUGGUAAUUCAGUAUUUAGUUGUUCGAGUAGUAAUAGUGGAACAAGAGUUACAAUUUUAGAAGAGAAUAAAAUAAUUUGUGAUCAAUUAUCAAUGUUAUGUGUUUCAAAUGGUUUAAAUGAUUUAACGGUUUUAAAUGAUAUAUUCUCAUUAGAGUUAUUAGCGGAUUGUUUAGAUUGUUAUAAACCACCAAUUCAAUCACCAAGAUUCGGUUCAACUUCUUCAUCAUUGGUUUUAUUAUCACCACGUUCAACUUUAAAUUUAUCUCCAAAAAUUAUUUCACCAAGACCAUAUCCAAAUAAUCAAAAUAAUUUUCUUUCUUCAUCACCACAAAUGUUAUCACCAUUACCAAAUUCACCAUUAUCAUCUUCACAACAACAUCAAAAUAAUAAUAAUAUUAAUAAUAAUAACAUUAAUAAUAAUAAUAAUAAUAAUAAUAAUAAUAAUAAUAAUAAUAAUAAUAAUAAUAAUAAUAAUAAUAAUAAUAAUAAUAAUAAUAAUAAUAAUAAUAAUAAUAAUAAUAAUAAUAAUGGUGUAGGUUUAAGUAUAAAUUUAAGUAAUUUAAAUAAUCAUAAUCAUAAUAAUAGUCAUAAUAAUAAUAGUCAACAAAUACAAUAUCAAAAUUCAAAAGAAAUUUUUAUUAUUGGUUUACCAUUUUCAUAUAAUGAGGAUAAAAUUUUAACACUAGUUGAAAAUAUUAAAUCUUUAACAUAUAGUGCAAGUUUUAAUAAGAGAGGUAAUAUUUCAAUUAGUUCAAAUGUAAAUAAAGUUGAAUUUAUAUUGGUAACUCAUAUUCUAUUAAGUGCAAAUUCCAGAGAAAUUUUAAAUAAUUCAAAUAUUUAUAUUGUAAAUCGUCCAAUUAAAAUGAAAACUUUACAUAAAACAUUUUUAAAAAUAUUUGAAAAUAAUAAUAAUAAUAAUAUAAAUAAUAUUAAUAAUAAUAAUAAUAAAAGUAAUUCUCCAAUUCCUGAAGAUUCAAAACAUUCACAAUAUAAAUAUCAAAAACAAUUAUCAGAGAGUAAUAUUUGUUAUACAAAGAAACCAAUUUCACCUUCACCAUCUUCUGCAACUGUCAUAUUGGAACAACAACAAGAUCAUAAUUUACAAUCUCCAACUGCAAUAACUACAAAUUUAAUUUCAGAAGAGUAUGAUCAUUUUGAUAGUAAUAGUACACCACCACCAAAUACAGCAACUACAACUACGACUACAACAACUUUGGCAAAUUCUGCAUUGGCAAAUUCAACAUUGGCAAAUUCAAUAUCAACAACUUCACACUCUUCUACUUCUACUUCUUCUUCCUCCUCCUCUUCAUCUUCUUCUUCCUCUUCAUUGUCAUCUACUACAACAAUUACAACGACUACUACAACAACUUCAAAUUUAGAUAAAAUGUUAAUUGAUAAGAAAAUAACAUCAACUCAAGAAUUAAAGAUAUUAAUUGUUGAAGAUAAUGAAAUGAAUGCAAAUAUUAUGUUUAAAAUGUUGGCGAAAUUAGGUAUUCAAUGUGAACCUCAUCUUGCAUUAAAUGGCUUAGAAGGUGUAAAAAAAGCAAAAAAUGAAGAAUAUGAUUUAAUCAUUAUGGAUAUUCAAAUGCCUGUUAUGUGUGGUUUGACUGCAACAAGUUUAAUAAGAAAACAUGAAGGAACAAAGAAAAGAACUCCAAUCGUUGCUAUCACUGCAAGUGCAAUGAAUGGUGAAAUGUCAAAAGCAUUAGCAGCUGGUUGUGAUGAUUAUUUAUCAAAACCAUUACAAUUAAAGGAUUUACGUUAUGUAAUCAAUAGAUAUGGUCCAAUAACAUUGGAAUAUAAUUCUUAA